AUGCGCCUCUUCCUCGUUCCGAUCUCGACGAGACGAGCUCUGAUCUAUUCCCAGCCAUUGAGCAAGAAUCUCUCGCAAAAGCUAUCGAUAACUGAUCGGAUUACCAAUAAAGCUGCGGAGACAUGGGCCAAGUGGGAGGAAGCCGACAGAGGUUGGAAGAAGCAUCUCGUGUCUUGGGGGAAUAGCGUGCAACAACGCAUACCAUUCGAAGAAUGGGGACUCAAAAGCGUUCCGUCUCUAAAUGCCCAGCGCCGGCUCAGCCAAUCGGACGCAGAUAAGAAGGUGGAUGUACUGUUUCCGGGAAAUGCAAUUCGGCGAGAGAAGCUUCGUCCGGUUCUGCAGGCCAUUGCAGUAGGGCGUCAGAACUUGCAUAGGAACAAGAUGUGGUGGAGCUUUAUCAUAGCUCCUUUGACGGCGCCCAUUGCGUUGCUUCCAGUGAUACCCAAUAUUCCGUUCUUUUAUCUCGUUUACAGGGGAUGGUCGCACUGGCGAGCACUGAACGGCUCUAAGCAUCUGGAGUUCCUCAUCAAGAAGGAUCUCUUGAACCCUGUACCUUAUCCCGCACUCGAACAAUUAUACGCUGAGCGUGUCUCGGGUGCCCUUAAGACCACUCAUGCUGAGAAAUCAGCCCCAGACGUCGUGGAGAAUAGCGACGACAAACUGCUACUUGAAAUGUCUGAUGCUAAGCAAUUGGCUACGAUACUUGAUGCGCCAGAGCUUGCAUUGGAAGCGGAACGAGCAAUUGUGCAAGUCGAGCAGCAGCUGAAUGCACAGCAAGGGAGACACAAUGCCGACUCACCUAAGAAGGACUCUUGA